UCGAGCCGACGCAAGCAACGCUAGAAUAUAGUCAAUUGAGAAUAGAAGAAUAAAAACAAAAUUAGCGACCCAUGUUAAAUUUUCAUAAGGAACUGGAGAGUUUCAAAGAAAGAGUCAGCAGCCAAACACGCCUCGCCAGGGAGCAAUGCCGUGAGAGAGAGAGAGAGAGAGGAACAGAGAUCUACAGGCAGUUUCCAGAAACAGACCCCUGGGUGUGUGUUGUCGUGUGUGGUUUUCCAUGGACGGGGAUGUACGAGACCAUGUGACCAGCUGACCUUUCCGCACAACAUCGCAGCACCAUGAUGGACUCCUAGCCAGAGCUGUGCCUCGCCACGGACUGGGGCCUGCCGCCAACCAGUCCGUGGGUGACCUCUGACCUCCCCCCCCCAUACACAACCAACGACCACUAGACCUCGUCUCUACUGUCCCUGAGAGUAGGCUUGUCCCCAGAUAGAGGCCGAGGGUCGACAGACAGAAGGACACCUGCGCUCUGUCUUCCGAUAGCAACCCAACAGCUAGCAGAAGCUGGGCAGUAGCAUGCAGUCUGAGGAGGGCACAGAAUGGCUCCUGGAGCUGCUGAUGGAGGUGCAGCUGCAGCAGUACCUUUUGCGUAUCCGUGACGACCUUAACGUGACGCUCAUCUCCCACUUCGACUACGUCAAAAACGAGGACCUGGAGAAGAUCGGCAUGGGGCGGCCCGGGCAGAGACGGCUGUGGGAGGCGGUCAAGAGGAGGAAAGCCAUGUCCAAGCGCAAGUCCUGGAUGAGCAAGGUGUUCAGCGGGAAGCGGCCGGACGCUGGGGACUUCCAGCAGGCGGCCCCCACCUCCUCCUUCCGCAAGCUGUCCCCUACGCCGCCCCCCCAGCAGCAGACACUCAGCUGUCUGAUCAGUGAGAAGGAUCUGGUCCUCUUCCAGAAGCUGGGCGAAGGCUCCUUCGGCGUGGUCAAAAGGGGCGAGUGGUUCAUGCCCGCUGGGAAAGUGUUGGAGGUAGCAGUAAAGUGUUUAAAGACAGACGUUCUGAGUCAGCCGGACGCUCUGGACGACUUCAUCUGCGAGGUGAACGCCAUGCACUCCCUGGAUCACCAGAACCUCAUCAGGCUGUACGGGGUGGUGCUCACACGCCCCAUGAAGAUGGUGACUGAACUAGCCCCGCUGGGCUCCCUGCUGGACCAUCUGCGCUGCGUUCCGACGCAGGGCCCCGUCCUCAUCCACACGCUGUGCCAGUACGCCGUGCAGGUGGCGUGCGGCAUGGCCUACCUGGAGCAGCGCCGCUUCAUCCACCGCGACCUGGCCGCCCGCAACAUCCUGCUGGCGUCGGCCGAGACGGUGAAGAUCGGCGACUUCGGCCUGAUGCGAGCGCUACCCAACAACCACGAGCACUACGUGAUGCAGGAGCACCGCAAGGUGCCGUUCGCCUGGUGUGCCCCUGAGAGCCUGAAGACACGGACGUUCUCCCACGCUACAGACACCUGGAUGUUCGGGGUGACGCUGUGGGAGAUGUGUACCCACGGACAGGAGCCGUGGCUGGGUCUCAACGGCAGUCAGAUCUUACACAAGAUAGAUAAGGAGGGUGAGCGUCUGCCCAAGCCAGAGGACUGUCCCCAGGACCUCUACAACGUCAUGCUGCAGUGCUGGGCCCAGAAACCUGACGACAGGCCCACAUUCCUCGCCCUCAGGGAGUUCCUGCUCGAGACCAUGCCAACAGACAUGUGUGCGCUGCAGGACUUUGAUGAGGCUGACAAGCUUCAGAUUCAGGUUGACGACAUCAUCACCAUCAUCGAGGGCAGAGCGGAGAACUACUGGUGGCGGGGCCAGAACAAACGCACGCUGAAGGUGGGCCAGUUCCCCAGGAACGUGGUGACCUCCGUUGCGGGCCUGUCGGCCCAUGACAUCAGCAGGCCCCUUAAACACAGCUUCAUCCACACUGGCCAUGGAGACUCCGACCCACACCGCUGCUGGGGCUUCCCAGACCGCAUUGACGAUCUGUACUUAGGAAACCCCAUGGACCCACCAGAUGUCUUGGGGUUGGACCUCAAUGCUGCCCGGCCCACUCAGCUACCGGGACGAGCAAAAAAUCCAUGCUACGACUCAGUGACUGAGGACGAGGAGCUGACCGCCUCAGGCCUCAAGAGGCUGUCGCUACGGAAAGCAAGUUCCAUCCUCAAGUUCAAACCCGCCGCCUGGGUCUCCGCCUCCAAACAGGGGGAACGGACUACGGGUUCAGGCCACACCCCCAGCAAGGUGUCGCUCAUCGACUUUGAGCAGGAGUUUCCCCCGGCCACACCCUCUCCCUCCCCAGUGGCGGAGCUACAGUUGCCCUCAUUGGUCAAGCUGGCUCUGGAGGCGGAGUCUAUUCUGGACAUGACUCCUCCUCAGAGCCCAUGGUGCUCACUGCCUUGCCCUUUACACCCCACGCCAGUGGUGGACUGGGACGCCCGCCCCUUACCUCCACCUCCUGCGUACGAUGACGUGGCGCAAGACGAGGAGGACAUGGAGGUGAGCUCCAUCAACAGCUUGGAGCAGCGACAGCAGGGGGGGAUGGGUGAGAGCCACAGCCCCACGGAGGCCAUCCCGGCUGGGGAGGAGGGGAAACCCCUGGGGGACAACCUCUUCUUACCCUCCCAGCAGGACCAGGCCUACACAUCCUUCUCCCAGUCAGCAGAGAUCUUUCAGGAGCUCCAGCAGGAGUGCAUGAGGAGGCUCAAUGUGCCCACAGCAGGAGUUCCCCAGCCUCCCUCUCCGUCACCGAGCUCAGGCCUCCAGUCCAUAGACGUGCACCGCCAUAUCGUCCUGUCCUUCUCCGAGGACAAGCCCCAGAUCCCUCCCCGCAUUCCCAUCCCGCCUCGCCCCGUCAAACAAGGGGACUACACCCGCUGGUCCGGUGACCUCUCCCUGUCCCCGACUCCAGCUUCAGAGGAAGUCCAGGACCGGCCCCCUCAGAUCCCCCCACGGAACCCCCUGUCCCAGCCAGGCUCACGCACCCCCAGUCCCAUGGGGCUCCAGGUGGGCUCCCCCCAGCAGAGGACAAUGGUUUACCCCAGCGCCCCUCUUCCGGCCACAUACGGAUCCUACCUCUCCACAUCCCCGGGGAUGAUCAUGCCCACUACGCACAGCUUUGCCUCGGACCCAAAAUACGCCGCGCUCAAGGUCAUCCAAGCACAAGCCCAGGGUAAGGACCUGGCCAAGGGGCCAUGCAUCCUGCCAAUUGUCCGCGACGGUCGCAAAGUCAGCAACACGCAUUACUACCUCCUGCCCGAGAGGCCGCCUUACCUGGACCGCUACGACCGCUUCUUCAGGGAAGCAGGAAAUGUGCCGACCUGUGGCGGCGGUGGGAUCUGUGAGGAGAGGCAGCAGCCCAACACGGCCACGGUCAGGCCCAUGGUGGUGAACCAGCAGCAGCAGAGCAAAGGAGGAGAUAUCAAGGCCAACUUCUCCAACAACAACAGCAGUCUGGGCUGCCGGCCGGGCAUUAAGGCCUCCAUCAGCCUGCCUAGGGUCAGCUCUGAGGGGUCAGCCAGCAGGGCAGCGGGAGGAAUCACAACAGACCAGGUCAAGAUGGUGCAGGAGGCGGUACAUGGCGUGACUGUAGAGGAGUGUCAGACAGCCCUCCAGAACCACAACUGGAACGUGCAGAAAGCUGUGCACUACCUCAAGGUUGAGCAGCUGUUCUGUCUUGGCCUGAAGACCAGGCUGGAGUGUCUCAAGAUGCUGGAGAUGUACAACUGGGACCUGGAAGUGGCCAGCACUCAGCUCCUGGACUCCUAUAGCUCUGUCACGCAAAGGCGGUGACCGAUGCUCGGAGCAACUGCAUAAGUUUUUUUAUUUGUCAUCUGUCUUUGAGGGGACGGAGUCUGCUACCAUCCCUCUUUUCUGACUUGCCAGACACGCCCCUUAAGAAGACGGGGAUUUGAGUAUGGACCUGGGGUACAUUUGACUGUGUGAUGGGCCAUGGCUGUAGUCUUGCCUACUGUACACUGAGACCUGGAUAGGUGGUUUCCGUGUGGUUGAUACCAUUCCAUUGACUCCAUUCCAGACAUUAUUAUGAGCCGUCCUCCCCUGAGCAGCCUCCACUGAGGACCAGGGGGUUAGCCUCCACACUGAGGCCCAGGGGGCUAAUCUCCACACUGAGGACCAGGGGGCUAGCCUCCACUGAGGACCAUGGGGUUAGCCUCCACUGAGGACCAGGGGGCUAGCCUCCACACUGAGGACCAGGGGGUUAGCCUCCACUGAGGCCCAGGGGGCUAGCCUCCACACUGAGGACCAGGGGGUUAGCCUCCACUGAGGCCCAGGGGGCUAGCCUCCACACUGAGCCCCAGGAGGCUAGCCUCCACACUGAGGACCAGGGGGCUAGCCUCCACACUGAGGACCAGGAGGCUAGCCUCCACACUGAGGAUCAGGAGGCUAGCCUCCACACUGAGGACCUAGAGGCUCCCGUUCUACCACCGAAUAUGAGUAGAAGUCGACUUAGAAUACUGGUGGUGGAACCAUACUCUUAAAGGGACCAUGGUGUCUGCUGGUACCUACCCUAUACCCAACACUGAAGGAAAAACAUCCUCUUUUUCACUGCUGGUCUCCCUGAUUCAGUUAUAUCACUGCCACAAUACACCAUUGACCAACUAGGCUGACCUCUUUUGUGUUAUUACUGACAUAUGAAUCAGGGGAGCACUCCCCUACUGUAUGUGAGUUUUGCUAAGCUCCUCGGAUUGGACAGGGGCUUGUUUUAGCGAGGUCAGCGUCUUUCUGCUGCGCCGCCCGCCCUCCCAGGUUCUACUGUGUUUUAGCAGAGGACAAAGUUCACAAAGCCCAUAGAGAGAACGAAUACAAGAGAGGGGAAGGAGAGAAAAAAAUGCAGCUGGUCUACUUUUAAGUCGACUCCUUUUUUUAUUUUCUAUUUUAGAGAUUUCUACUUGAUUUAUAUUAUUAAGGAGUUAACAGAUUUUUUUCAAUGCACACAAACAGUUACAUACAUGAAUAGUUCAGUUUAUAUAUUUGCAGCGAAUAUGUGCUAGAAGUUGGUAUUUUUAGUUUUUAGUGCUCUGUUUUUAAUAUAUUUUGGGUUUUGAACCGGUUGUUUGAAAAGGGGGACAUAUUGAAAACAUUCAAUUCUUGAGAUAUAAAAAAUAUAUAUUUUGUCAGUUAUUAAAGCCAUGUAUGUUAUGCUUUCCCUGAAUCACUUAUGUUUGUCAGUGACAUCAACUGAACGUUAGUGUAUAACCUAGAGCAAACUGUAUAGUGAUAUGUGAUAGUUUUCAAUUUAUUUUCUAUACUGUCUUACCCUGAUGCACGCUGUCUGCUUUUCCGUGUGUUAUGAUUCAAAUUACGUUUUUUGCGAACUGAACAUUAAUAUACUGUACACUGAACAAAAAUAUAAAACGCAACAUGUAAAGUGUUGGUAACGUGAGCUGAAAUAAAAGAUCACAGAAAUGUUC